AUUGUGGGGACUGGGGAGGGAUGAACCCGUCAUCAGCGCUCACCCCCCAUCUCUUUAAACGAAACCCUCCGCGUGUUUUUCCGUUCCGGCGGCCACACCCACGCUGCUCUUCUGCCCGACUCCCCCAGGAUAUUUUUAGCGCCGAUGAGGCGCCCCGCCGAGCCACGUAACGGAAACACCAGACCGACAGAGCAGAGCCCAGGAGAGCCCGAUCCUGCGCCAUCCGCUCGGAGGAGAUGAGACUGGAGGUUCGGUUGGUGUUCGGCACGCUGGUGCUGAUAACCGGAUCAACGCAGGCAGCAGAUCUGAGCCGGCCACAGCCUCCUGCCCCCACCUCAGCCCUGCCCCUCAACCAUGAGACUUCAGAACCUGAAACCGCCCCCCAGAUGGAAGGCACCGCCCAUCCAGAGAGUCCCACAAAUGAAGAACUGACCGCUAGUUUUUUCCUCUCAAACCCCACGGUGGCUUCACUAACACCCUCUGACACAACUGCUCACCCCGACACCCCAUCCUUCUCAGCUGCUGCCGACAGCCUUUCAUCCACGCUGACCUCCCAGAGCUCCGCCCCUAAACAGGCCCCAACCACUGAGAGCACAACCCUUUUAAGCACCUUUUCAUCUCAGUCAGUCGCCACUGUCCGCAGCUCCACUGCCCCCACCCCCACACAGCCAUCAACACUAUCCGCGACCUCCAAGCAAACCACAAGUCCCCCUCUGACCACAGCGCCAGGCCGGCCCCCCGCAGGGCCGACGCACCACGAUGUUCCAUCUGAGCUGAAUGUCGGAGAUGAAGACCUGAGGGGCUUCCACCUCCACAAAAACUCUCCCCUUGAUCCUCUGCUGGCUGGCCUGCUCUCAGUCUUCAUCGUCACCACCGCCGUUGUCUUCAUCGCCCUCUUCCUCAAGUUCCGCCAGCGCAUGAACCACCCGGAGUUCCACCGUUUGCAGGACCUCCCCAUGGAUGAUCUGAUGGAGGACACGCCACUCUCCAGAUACUCCUACUGAUGGACGCUUGAGUCAUUCGACACGUUUGAAACAACAAAUGAAGGCAGAGUUUAAAGGUAGCAGCUGUGGAUGAAAACAGAGCCGGUGCCAGCCAGGCUUCUGAUGAGUUUUGUAAUGUAAAUCCUUUAGAGUGGAGAUUCCAGCUCACACUAACAUUCGUCCACAUUCCCUUCGUCGCUCUGGAGACCGUUUGGAACCGGUUGCUGUUGUUAUAAACCAACAGAAAGAAAAGACACAGCUGCUACUUUGACUGCCUCCUCAUGAAAAUGCACCACAAAUGGUCAUACUGCCCUCUAGGGGACAAGUUGGGUAAUGUGGAUGCAUGGAUGCUUUCACCUCAGGGUAAUGCAAGCAGAUGUAUAUAUAUAUAUAUAUAUAUAUAUAUAUAUAUAUAUAUACAGUACAAAAUACAGUCACAGACUGGAGAAGUUAGAUAUUUAAAGACCUUCAAGGGAGGGUUUGAUGACCAAAUAUUAGUAAGUGCACUUUCAAACUGCUGCCUUUAGAACAUUUAACCCAUCAAUACAUGACAAAAUCUAAUGCUACAGCUCAUCUAUAAAUGUAUUCAACCUGUACAGCUCUAGCUUGACAGUAUUGUAAAACUUGAAAUUGUAGUUUUUGCAAAGGAUGAAAAUGUUUUGGCGCUUUUGACCUGGUGUCACUUGAAGCACAGACAGUAAUGUGCGAUUGAACGCCACUGGAUUGUGAGAAUAAAUGUGACAAUGAACUUGG